AUGAAAGAAUGCCAAUACUCUCCGCUUGCACCAAGUCGCCAAAUUCGCCUCUUGAAGCUAUGUGCCGGAACAGAGGCAGAGAAGCUAUCCGGCGAGCUGGUGCACGUCUUCCUCGAUGAGAAGCCAUCCUUCACCGCGCUUUCCUACGCAUGGGGCGAUUCGCAGCCGCGAAAAUCAUUUUGUUGCUUGAAUCUCAAGAUGGAUAUUGGCCUCAGCCUACACAGCGCCUUGCGCAAUCUCCGACAGCCUACCUGCGACACCCUCCUCUGGGCAGAUGCGCUCUGCAUUAACCAACAUCAUAUCUCGGAGCGCAGCCAGCAGGUCAGGAUGAUGAGCGACAUAUACGCCGCUGCGUUCGCUACAGUUAUCUGGCUUGGCGAGGAAUCGAGCGACGUCAAGAUGGCCUUUGGCUGGCUACGCAGGUUCGCCAUGGCUUGGGGCAUGCCGGAGUCUGGCCCAGACUUGAUUACCGAAAGUCGGGCUGAGGGGCCGUUGCAGGCGGCGUUCGGCAGGCACCGAACUGCUGCGUUUGGACAUAUCUGGGCUCUGCUUAACCGUCAAUGGUUCACACGGAAGUGGGUCAUUCAAGAGCUGGUGAAAUCGCAAAGGCCAAAGUUAAUGGUCGACAGAUUAUAUCUCCCAUGCACUACGCUAGUUCGCUGGAUCAGCUUCGUCGAGUGGUGCCCGAAAACAAAGAAGGAGUUCAUACAAACCUGCCCCAAUCCUCUCGAGGCCGGUGGAAAGGUGUUGGGAUUAUCUCUGCUGCGAGCUUCACUUCUCACGCGCAUAGACGGUACGGAGAAGCAACUUCUGCCGUUUCUUAUCGUGAGGACGCUGGAAUUCAGAUGCGCUGAUCCCCGUGAUCACAUUUUCGCGAUGAUAGGUAUCGCAUCCGAUGCCGACCGCUUUGAUCUGAUCGACUACAGAAGCCCAAUGGAGAAGGUUUGUCGACAGUUCGCGUCUAUUUGCGUCGCCGACAGCAUGAGUCUCAAGUUGCUUUGGUCUCUCGUUUGCUUUACUCCGUUAAAGUGUCGGAUACGUUCUUGGGUGCCAAAUAUUCAAAGCGUGGUGAGCAAUAGGGACCGGGGUACCUUGGUCACCCAGUUCUCUGUACAGCAGUACAAAGAUCAUAACGCAUCUGGAGACACGGUGCUGCAAACGGUGUUACACGAUGGCGGUGAUAUCCUAGUGAUACGGGGCUGCAUCAUCGACAGGGUUCGCUUUCUCGGAUCGGACAACAGAAGCCUCGGCGACGCUCGCAUUGUCGAAAAGGUAUUCAAUAGGGAUCUGUAUUCCUUUCGGAAGAAUAUUCAGGCGAUGCAAAGGCGGAGAUGGGAAUGGCUUGAAGAAUAUUUGGCUAUUGCAAAGGCCUCGGGCGCGACUAACGUCGAGGGAGCUUUACAGAACGCAUUGCUGGGUGAUUCUUUCAUCAACAAAGAAGUUCCUCAGGGUUUGGCAGUGGUCAGGACAGAGUUUGCUACUCAAAUGCAGCUUUACAAAGCUAUGGCCCACGAAAGCAACCAUAGUAGGUGGUUAUCCGCCGUGAUGACAAGCAUGGGCCUUGAAUCGAGCCAUCUCCUCGAGAGCAUGAUACUAGAAAAGCUGCACCGGCGGUUUGGCAGUACGGAGAGCGGAAGGCUAGGCUGGCUGACGCCGGUGGCUGAGGAGGGAGACUUCAUCUGUAU